AUGCAAAAGGUUCCCUAUGCAUCAGCUGUAGGGAGUCUAAUGUAUACCCAAGUUUGUACGCGUCCAGAUAUUGCGUACAUUGUUGGCAUGUUAGGCAGAUAUGUAAGUAAUCCAGGAGAGAUUCAUUGGAAAGCAGCCAAAUGGGUUAUGCGCUAUUUGAAAAGAACAAGGGACUGCAUGCUCACGUACCGUCGAUCAGAUCAAUUGGAGAUCAUAGCAUAUUCUGAUUCUAACUUCGGUGGAUGCCAAGAUAGUAACAAGUCCACUUCAGGCUACAUUUUUCUAUUGGCUGGUGGAGCUGUUUCUUGGAGAAGUGCCAAACAGACACUUACAACUUCUUCCACAUUUGAAGCAAAAUAUGUAGUUUGUUUUGAGGCAUCUAAUCAUGAAAUUUGGCUGCGAAAUUUUGUCACUGGGCUGCGCAUUAUGACAAACAUAUAA